AUGAGAAGAACCUUGGCAGUCUCCAUGACUGCUGGGCGGACUCCCGUGGUUAUGGCUGCUAUGAGACCCGUUACUGGCUGCAGAUUCAACUCGCUGUCGACUAAAGAUGAAAAGCCUGCCGACCAAGCCGAUGAACUGAAAGCCGCCGAGCAAAAGCCUGCCGAAGAAGAGUCUCCUCUUGACCCGAAGGACAAGGAGAUUGCCGACUUGAAGGCUAAGUUGGACAAGAAGGAUAAGGAUUUGGCGGUGAUGAAGAACCACUACGCACGUUCAGUCGCCGACUUCCGCAGCUUGCAAGAACUGACGAAGAAAGACAUGCAAAAGGCCAAAGACUUCGCUCUCCAGAAGUUUGCCAAGGACCUUUUAGAAUCGGUCGACAACUUUGGCCGUGCAUUGGACUCGGUUAACAAAGACACCUUGGGCGCUAAUCCCGAUUUGAAGCAAUUUUACGAUGGGGUUGAUAUGACCAAAAACGUGUUUGAAAAGACUCUCGAGAAAUACGGCAUCGAGAAGAUCAAUCCCGAGGGCCAACCCUUCGAUCCUAAUCAACACGAAGCCACUUUCGAGAUUCCCCAACCUGAUAAGGAACCUGGUACUGUUUUCCAUGUUCAACAAGUUGGUUACACCUUAAAUUCGAGAGUUUUGAGACCGGCCAAGGUUGGUGUCGUUAAGGGUGAAGACAAUUAA